AAUGAUGAUGAGAAUAGAUCGUCGGGGUCCUCAAUUGACGGUAUAAUCUGUUUGAAACGACUGAACCUGGACCUCUUGAUCCUGGAGAUCUCGGGCCCAAUGUGGAAAGAAGACUUUACGCAUUAUCUCAAGGACAGGCAAAAGAUAGCAAAGAAUCUGAAAAAGAUGAUGAAAAGCAUCUUGCGACAAAAGCUGGUUAUGGCAGAAGCAAAAGAUCUGAUGCUUUUUGGAAUGCAGCUGUAUAAAAACACCAUCCAUUUGUACUGUCUGACCAUGCCCAUCAUUGGAUUCUAUUGUUUUGUGGAAGUCAUGUCAUACCCAAUUCCGACCAACCCUGCUACAUAUCCAAAGGACCUCCCUCGCUAUGUCAAGAAUCUGUUCAAAACGUUGAAGUUGGUCAUCCACGGUGCCGAUGUUUUGCAAAGAUACAUGACAAGUUUUGAGUAUUACAGCAGCGACGAAACCAUCUCAGACGACAACAGCCCUCUCUCUCCUCCUUUUAUCUCUCCCCAGAAGACUGGAAAACGAAAAGGGAUUUCCAAAACCAGUACCACCGACAGCAAUAUAGAUAACAAAAGAAAGCAAACAUCAUCCAUGCUUUGAAUUUAUUUAGUACCUUAUUUCUUUAUGUAUACCAAAAUAAACCGUCAGGCAUUUGUGUUUACUACACACUUUACUU